CACAGGGAGGGAAACUCUGCUUAGAAAGAACCACAAAAAUACAUGGGGGGGGGGAUAAAACGGGGAAAAAAAUAUAGUCCAACCUCAUUCUCCACCCUUCCGAUUUGCAAGAGGACUUCCAUUCCAGAGCAAAACCGAAAAAGAAAAUGAUUUCAUAAAAUCCAAGCGAUUGUCAGGUGACGUUCCAAGGAGACGCCGGAGCCGACCAAGCUUGGCUUUAUCGCCUUUUUUCCUCCGCAGCCUUUUUUGCCGGUCGCCACGCCUUUUUCUUCCUCCACCUCUGGCCGGAAAACUUCCCGCCCUGAGUUGUUGCGGCUGUUGUGGGCCCUGGGCGAGCCAGCCAGCACCCGCAGCCGUCACCCCAGCUUCAAUCCGCGUUAGCAGCAGCGCCGCGGGACGAGGCGGAGGAGAGCAAAACUUUGCCACGGCUUGUUGCGGCUCUCUCGGAGUUUGGCAGAAGGCGAGAGCGAGGAAGGGGGAGCCGCGGGCUUUUCUGGACUUCUUCUCCCUCCGGCCCCCUGCGGCCCUUGCUGCGUGUCGCUGCCUCCCCGCAGCCAUCCAGCCCGCGGACCACCCUCGCACUUACCCGCCCCGGCUCCUCUUCUCGCUCCGCCUGGAUCGAUCCCCGUCGCCGCCGCCCGCUCUUUGAUGCUCCCCAAUGUUAGCCGUGGGGCAGAUGGAGGCUAACCGCCCGGGCGCCUUCGUGCUGAGCAGUACGCCGCUGGCCGCGCUGCACAACAUGGCCGAGAUGAAGACGUCGCUCUUCCCUUACGCCUUGCAGAACCCGACCGGUUUCAAGGCGCCCGCCCUGGGCGGCCUCAACGCGCAGAUCCCGCUGGGCACGCCGCACGGCAUCAGCGACAUCCUCGGCAGGCCCGUGGCCGCCGCCGCCGCUGCCGCCGCCGCCGGCAACCUCCUCACCGGCCUGCCCCGGCUGAACGGACUGGCCACCGCCGCCGCCGCGGGGAUGUAUUUCAACCCGGCGGCCGUUUCCAGGUACCCCAAACCCCUGGCCGAGCUGCCAGGCCGACCUCCCAUUUUCUGGCCCGGAGUAAUGCAGGGAUCGCCCUGGAGGGACCCCCGGCUCGCCUGUCCCGCCCAGGCUGGGAUGGUUUUGGACAAAGACGGCAAGAAAAAACACUCCCGGCCAACUUUCUCAGGGCAGCAAAUCUUUGCUUUGGAGAAAACCUUCGAGCAAACCAAGUACUUGGCCGGACCCGAGAGAGCCCGCCUGGCUUACUCGCUGGGAAUGACAGAGAGCCAAGUCAAGGUGUGGUUCCAGAACCGGAGGACGAAGUGGCGGAAACGGCACGCCGCCGAGAUGGCCUCGGCCAAGAAGAAGCACGACUCGGAGACGGAGAAGCUGAAGGAGAGCUCGGAGAACGAGGACGACGACGAGUACAACAAGCCCUUGGACCCCAAUUCUGACGACGAGAAGAUCACGCGGCUCCUCAAGAAGCACAAAGCCGCCGCCGCGGCGCCGCUGGCCCUGCUCAGCCCCUGCAGCAACGCCUCGGAGCCGUCGUGACUGCGGCCCCGCCUUGCCUCGCCCGCGCCCGCCCGAUCGCCCCUCGCCUGCCCUCCCUUUCCGUCCUCUCCGGCCAAGCAGGGUAGCUGACGACGCCAGCCAGCCUCGGGGACUGGCCGCAGUGCCGUCUUGUACAGCCCGCCACGUAGGGAAAAUGAUGUGUGUAUAUAUAUUUUUACAAAAUAAGUUAUGGAAAGGCAGGCUCGCCCCUUUCGCUCCACGAGUGUCUAUGAAACACGUACACUCGCGUCGCUGACUCGCGCAGGCGCGCGCACACAGGAAGAACGAAAGAAAGCUUUCCAACUUUUAUGGUGUAAUUUUCUCUGGUUUAUUUUCCACUCUGCACCUCUCUCUCCCCCUCCCCCCUCCUUUCACCCCAUUCUGAAUUUGGAAAUAAAAGCCGCCAUCUACAACCCAUAUCCCGAUUAAAGUAAAAGAAAUUGCUGGUAGCAAAUGGACUUGGGGUUGCAGCCAAACCACCUGACCUGGGAAAUGUAGUUCCGUUCAAACGUGAAGUGCUUUGCUGCUCAGUUCAGCGGCGACCCUCAGGCUACUUAGGUGGAGGUAAGUCCCAUUGACCUCAGCAGGACAUACUUUUGAGUAAACAUGUCUAAGAACACACUCUCUUCUGCUGCAAUACUAAUCCUAAAGAGCAAACCCCAUUGAAUUUAAGAGGACUUGCUUCUAAGUAGAUAUGACUCGGAUUGCCUUGUAAGACUGCUGAGGUGUUUAGGAUUGGGCUACAGUUCAUAAUAGAUGCUCUUGGAGGUCCCUGAUUGAUAGGGUCGCCAUAAGUCAUGGUCGACUUGGAGGCACAUAACAACAACAAACAGUCUGAUGCAGCACACUUACUUGAGAAUCAUCCCAAUCAGCCUUACCUCUGAGUAAGCCUGGAUAAGACUAGGCUGCAUCUCUGCAGGAAAAGCCUAGCCAUAUUUCCUUAGAAGUAAAUUCCACUGAAUUCAGUGGGAUUUACUUUGGAGUAACUAUGCUUUGAGUAACCAGCCUUGUUUUUCAGUGGAACUUACUUCCCAGAAAAUAUGUUCUAUUUAAAUAAAUGGAAAUGACUGGGAAGUAAAUGAGCUUCUGACCGAUGGGGUGGAUUAUUUUUGUACUCAGGACGGCUACCUUUUUUAGUUGUUAUUAAUAUUUGCACCCACUGCACCUCACCGUUCCUCUUCUGGUAGCUGUCCUGCUCCUAACAAUCAAAAUUUUGUUACCAUUUUGUAUAUUCCACAGAUUCCAGCUAAGCCACUUUGUAUAUAGGAAAUUACAGAUUUUUGUGAUGUAUAUUUCUAGUGUAAAAAAAGGCAUUUUUCUUUCCUCUUUUAUUUUGGCUUCGGAUGUUUUCACUUAUCUUCCCCGUCUUUGAAUUUCUUUCUUUUCUUUUUCUGAAGAGAGAAUAAGGGAGAGAGAACUGCAUCACUUGAUUUUCAGUUGGCUCCAAACUCUUACAGUUGGAAAGACUUUGUAUGAAUCAAUAAAUUAUUUAACAAGCUUCUCCUCUGGACAAUUUCAGCAUUUGGAUUUGGUGGGAUAACAACUUCCUUGAACUUCCCUACUUUGGAGUUUUGUCU